AUGGUGCAAUGCUUUGUCCUCAGCCGGAUAUCAGUUUUGGGAUCUGCAUUUUUGGCAAUUCUGGCUGGUGGUCCUGCCGUGAUCGAACAAACCACACACCUGACUGCGUUUCGGGGAUUCGCUGGCACAUCAGUUCUCAUUCUUGUUGGUUGUGCAACAGACACGGCAAGGAAAGUGCAAGCCGAGAUAAUAUCCCAGAAGUAUAAGAACAUUGAGUUCUAUGACAUUGACAAGUACAGCCCAUAAAGAGAGAGAGAGAGAGAAAAGGCCGGAAACGUUUAAUAGGAAAGAACAUGUAACAUCACGACUAAAAAAAAAGAACUUGUAACAUUGAUGUGAUCAAUGUAAUUAGUUUUCGCCAAGAGGUAAAGUUACAAUUCACUUGCCAAUGUAUUUAUAUCGACAGCUUUUGUACAUUUACAUUUUUUACUUAUAGUUUGUUUCUUGUAUCUUGAACAAAAAUGCUGCUGCACAGCUACAAUUUUAUUCAUUUUUCG